AUGGCGGACGCCGGCAGCCGUGUUUGGGACUCGACGACCAAGUUUCGGCAAUUUACUAAUAUGUGCUCUGGUUGGACGCAGGUUCAUGUCCCGCCGAGCUUGCGGAAACUCUCGCAGCAGAGGCUGUCAUGGUGUGAAUUUAUGAACUACUCUCCGUGGCUCCCUCGCGAUGCAACGUCUGCGUCCACCGCCCAACUUGGUGGAUUCGCCGUGUACCUUUGGGAAUUCGGGAUGAACCGCCGGGAACAAGGCAACUCGAACGGCACUAUAUGUGCGAAGCUGUGCGCCGUGCGUUGGCGGCAUCGUUUCGAACAUGGAUAUGACCCUGGAGUUACUGCUCAGCAUGCCUUACUCCUGCGCGGCAUUCGUCGUUUCACGAAUCCGGUUGUCAAGCAGCAACCGCUGUCGCCGAGCUUACUUCGGCAAAUCUACACUCUGUUGGAUAUCAACCGACCUAAGCAUCAGCUCCUGUGGGGUGGUUUACUGCUCGCGUACUUCUUUUUGCUGCGUCGGUCAGAGUACCUCUACAUCGGCAAGAAGUUUCACCCCUUCGUACUUCGACUCAGCGACAUUCAGUUUUGCGAUAAUGAAGGGCAGGCCAUUAAGCCGCGGAAGGCUUCGAUCGUGGGUAUCCUACUGCGGGGAGCGAAGAAUAAUCAGUUUGGAAGAGAAGAGUUUCGAUUUCAACACGCCUCGGGGGACUCUUUGCUGUGCCCCGUGCGAGCUGCACGCUGGAUCAAGACGGCGGCAAAACGACUAGGAACAAGGCCUGAUGAACCAGCCCUCAAGAUGGGCGAUUCCGGCGGUGUGUCAUCCGGCCAAGUCGCUAAGAUAAUCAAGGCAGCAGCUACCAAGGCCGGUCUCGAUGCUUCUCGAUUCUCAACUCACUCUGUGCGGAUCGGCGGUGCAACCAAGCUGCUGAAUGCUGGUGCAUCCCGUUCUAACCUCGGAAGGCACGGCUGGAUUGUCCAAGUUGAUGUGCCGGUAAUCGACAUGAAGAGAUGCCGUAAGGUACUACUGGGUCGUUCAAGUUGAUGAACGCGAAGUUGCAGUGGUCGUG